AUGAGAGGACACUUCUCCAUCGAGUGGAUGGCCCAGAGUAGCCAGCCAGCACCACCGGUACCAGUACCAGAGGCCUGCGGGACCGAUUCAGAGAGCCUGCCGGGAUUCUAUCGCAGGCAGGAUCUGGGAUGUUCAUCCGAGCAGCAGCAGAGGGACAUCGGGGUCCACCGGCAGAAUGCCGUGACGUCUGCCAACGACGAUCCAGUGGUUGAGGCCGACUUCAGCAGCGGCACCGAGGAGGAGACGUCUGGUUACGAGAGUGAAGGCGGUCGCUCACUUUCUCCCUCUGCAAAUGCUGACUCCGCCUCUGCGUCACCGCCAUCCCCAGCGGUGGGAAGGAGGCCGCGCACGGCUUUCACACCGGAGCAGAUCGGUAUCCUGGAGAGAGCAUUCAAAAGAAACGCUUACCUGGGAACGCAGGACAAGGCGGAGUUGUGCAGGAAGCUCAACCUGUCCGAUAAACAGAUCAGGAACUGGUUCCAGAACCGGCGGAUGAAGCUAAAGAGGACGGUGCAGGACGCGCUGGCUCACGCCUGUCAGGCCAGCGUCGCCUCUCAUUUCAUGCAUUACCCCGAGUUGCAGGCGUACCGGCCGGGGCCCUACACCCCGUACCAGCCGGAGACCGCUGCCCCGGUCUCCUACCUCCGCCCUCACGGCCUCCAGUACGGCUCUCCCCUGACCGCCGCCUCCCCUCUGCCCCUGGACUCCUUCUACCAGCACGGCGGCCUCCCGGGAGUCCUGCUGCCGCCCACGACUCACCUCCGGGUACCCCCCGGGACUCACCAGACGUACCCUCAGUACUACUGAUGGCAGCUGCCGCAUGUUUCAGACCCGGACAGAAGGAGCAACGGUUUUAUCAGAGCCAGCUGGUCACCUUAAACUGGAGUCAAGAACCAAACUGGGUGCUGUGCAAUAAUGUGAUUUUAGUGUGGACCUGUUUCAGUUUGCUCUGAAUAUAUUUAAAUGUGAACAUUUCUCUUGAUAUGUGAUUGAAACCAGAUUUAAAUAAAAUCUUUAAAGAAUUGACAGUU